CAAAGACCCCGCCUAUAUAGCCCAGCCGCACAUGCCUGCAAUACCCACCUCAGCACUAGUCUCCUCUUCGCACGAGCGCAACACCAUCCACCCACCAGUUCGAAGCGGAGGCGACCGGCAACCUGCGGCGGAGAUGUCAGGCAGGGGCAAGGGCGGCAAGGGGCUCGGGAAGGGCGGCGCGAAGCGUCACCGGAAGGUGCUGCGCGACAACAUCCAGGGGAUCACGAAGCCGGCGAUCCGGAGGCUGGCGAGGAGGGGUGGCGUGAAGCGCAUCUCCGGGCUGAUCUACGAGGAGACCCGCGGCGUGCUCAAGAUCUUUCUCGAGAAUGUCAUCCGCGACGCUGUGACCUACACGGAGCACGCCCGUCGCAAAACCGUCACCGCUAUGGACGUCGUGUACGCCCUCAAACGCCAGGGCCGCACUCUCUAUGGCUUCGGCGGCUAGGUUAGGUGUGGGUAAUUGCCUGUCCAGGUGUCUCGGAUCUGUGGUACUAGUUUGGCUGCCUUCCUGUGUUCGUAUUGUAGUAGUUGUGGUAGCUGGUUGCUUUGUCGUCCUGUAGUCGUGCUUCUUUGGGUCUGUAAGAACCGCUGGUUCGAUGGGAUUGGAUUGGACGGUGAAGUAGGAAUGUUGGCAUGUUAGACUUUUCUCCAACGUAGCGUUGCCUCUAAUUUGAUCUCUCGAUUUAUUUUCAAUUGGGGUGCACUGUAAUUCUUCCUGUCUAAUUCAAAUCCCCUUUCUGAAA